AUAAAUGUUACCUCUUCAGCGAAGAAAAUAAUGAAGCGGAAAUGACGUGGCAAGAAGCACGUGAAGCCUGCAGGAAAAAAGGGCCCAAUCACGAUCUUGUUUCUGUUCACAGCAAAAAGGAGCAAAUGUUCUUAACGAGCAUGCUCGCCUACAGCAAGAAAUCGGCUUGGAUAGGAUUAAAAAGAGCCGAGGGACAGUAUCAUCGCUUCAUCUGGUCUGAUAAUUCUCGGUUUGACUUUGAUUACUGGGCUCCCAGAGAACCCAACUCAUACAUCGAUGGAUGUGUUGAGAUGAUGGGUGAGCCCCCUAGUGCUGGUAAAUGGAAUGAUCGCAAAUGUAUAAGGAAAGCAGCUUAUAUUUGCCAACGUUAUAAAG